UUUUGUUAAAGGAUUUCUUAUCAAUCUUUUGGUUCUGCUUGCAGUUAUCAGGAUACCAGGUUAAAUGGCCUAAAAGAAAUGAACUUUGACAAAAACGUUAAGGAAUACAGUGAUGAAUGUUCAGAGAGAAACAAAAAUAAGGAGGUUGUUUUCGCAGCUGAUCCUCCUGCGGACAAUUCGAAAUGUAAACGGUACUCAACCGCAAAAUAUGAUAGGAGAACUCGUCAAAAGAUAAGAGAGAAAAUUCGUCUCGAAAAUUUUGUUUUUGAACAGCUUCGUCUUCUUUAUAAUACGGAAGUAGAUGAUUAUGAUUGUGACAUUGAUAUGGAUGAAAUUUGUGCACUUCAGACAAACGAAGAAAAAGUUUUCAAGCUUAAAGAAAAGCUUAGGUCGUGUCCUGCGAAGCAAGAUCAAAUCGACUUAUAUUUAGUGUAGGAGAAAAGAGAAGAUAUGAGGAAGUAAUUUUGUUCAGAUUUCAACAGCGUGUAUCAUUUCAAUUCAUUACACAGGCAUUCAUAUGCAACCAAGCUUUGUUUCAGUUAUGGCAUGUGCGAUUGACUUUUUAUAUAUUCAGCCCCUGGGGGUUAAUUAGAAAAAGCAUAUCUUGCAAACUCAUAAAUAGGUAAGAUUAUAAUCAAGUUUUUUCUGAGUAUUUCACUGAACAAUGGAUUUCUUUCCUUUCAAAUAGAAAAUAAAAAUACGAAUAUGGUAUUAAUUUCAAGCAUAUUCCAACUGUUUUUAACUGAGCAACGCCUAUUCAAGAAAUGAACUAACUACAGAACAAUACAGUCAUAAUCAUGAAUAGGUGAGAUGAUCAGCUAGCAUUUUGGAGGAAUACCAUCUCCAAAUGUACACUAUGCGUAGAGUAUUUAAAAUUUGGUAUGGUUCUCAUCAAUUAUGAACUUUGCAUUCAAUGAUUAACAUGAAUAAAUAAAAUAUAAAACCAGGCAGCAUCAAAGGAAUUUCUCAUUGACUACUUUCCAAGUAGAGAAUGGAGAUUAAAUAUAAGUGCUUUCAUAUUUUAGCUAAAGAUGAAUAAACAACAGAUUGUUUUUGAAAAUACUUUCGUCGAGCUUACAAAUGAACACUAAGCAGCAGCUAACAUAUCUCCUGCCUGGUUGUAUUGAUGUCAACUUCUUGAUUGGUAUACUUGCUUACCAGUUUGUUAACCAACAAGGCAAUAUCCUGUCGAAGUUCAAAUGACUCAUUAUGACCCAUUGACAAAAUGUAACUCAAGUUCAUCUAAAGGGUGAAGAUCAACAUUCGCCUAAGCAUAUAUUGCACAAUGUGAGCUAUAAUACUUAAUAUCAAUUGCUAACAUAUAUGCUCAUUUAAUUUGACAUUUUUGAUUCAACACACUCCCUACUUAUUUGAUAUGAGGUGUUACAAUUAAUCUUUUUCACUACUUUUUACUUACUAUUCAUCGCUUACUUUGAUUAUAAUUUGUAAUACCUUGGCUUGCAAUCUGUCUAUCAAAAAUGCUUACAAAAUUAUAUCUAGUGUUGAAUGCUUAAGCUGUACAUUAGUUAUUAAACAUUUUAAAUAAAAUUGUGUACAAAUACAGCAUAACUGAUAUGAUUAUGAACAACAAAUUGUGUUCGAAACGUCAUCCAGUAAAUAAUUCCAUUUUACUGUGUGAUAUAUCUAAUACAUGGAAAAUUCCCAUCGUAAAAUAAAGAAAAUUCAAACAAGUGAUUUAGCGAAGAUAUUGUCUUCAACGAAUUUAUUAUCAAGCUGUACAAUCGUAUAUUAAUGGCUUUUAAGAAAUUAUAUCCGGUGAUGGAAUUGAAUUGUAGUUCAUACUAUUAUUAUUUCAUGCAUUUACACCUAUGAUUCAAUUCCUUCACCGGAUCUAAUAUCUUAAAAACCACAUUUAUACGAUUAUAUACAGC